AUGUACCCCGAUCGACGACCGUACGCGACGGCGGUGGGCCACGGCGGCUACUUGUCGAAGCCGCUGCUCCCGCCGGUGGAGGCGCUGCGCAUUCUGAACAGCGCCGUCGGCAUCGAUGUGCCGCGCUCCCUCCGCCUCGACGCCCAGGCGGCGGCGGACUCGGCGCGGCGAAUUCACUCCAGGCCGCCCACGAGUGGCAGGCCGCAGUCGUCGCGCGGGGUGCCGAGGUGGCGGCCGGCCACGCUGGAGUCCGCCACGCCGUUCUCCUUCAAGGAGAAGGACUACCACACCUCCCAGCAGGCCGCCCUCAACGCACAGCUGAGCAACGCGGUGGAGGAGCUGUUUAAGACGUGGCACCGCAAGGUGCGGGACCUCGAAAACUACCUCAACGUCUACCCCGCCCAGAGUGCGACGUCCAGCUCGAUGACGGCGGACGCGAUGAUGAACUACUUUCAGGGCUACCGCCCCACCGACGUGCUGCCGGUGACGCUGGAGCAGCUGGUGAAGGACUUCAAGCUGGGCUCGACGCCGGAGAUGCUGACCGAAAUUCAGAACAGCCCGGCGCUGCAGACGGAGCGUAUUCGCCGCACCCUCGACACGCUCUUGAACGCCAAGCACUUCUUGGCGCCGCUGGAGCAAUACGUGCAGGAGCUGGAGACCCUCGCCUCCCUGGCGCUGCGGGAUGAGCCCGGUGAGGCGGUGGGCGGUGCCCCGCGGGGUCCGGUGUGGCUGAGCAAGGCGGCCGUCUCCCUGCAUGAGAAGUUUCACUACAACCCCGCCGAGUACGCCAUGAAGGAGCUGCGGAAAAGUGACCAGCCCCUCGAGCGACUGGAGCGGCGGGUGAUGGAGGCAAAGGAGCAGAAGGAACGCGCCAUCGACGAGGAGCUUCCAGGGGAGGCGCUGAACUGCCUCACCUCGCAGGUGGACCUCAGCAACGACCUGCUGCUGAUGAACAAGGCUCGGCUGGAGCUCGUGCAGCUCCACUCCAAUGACGUGCGUGAGAUGAAGCCGCUCAUAGAUGCAAUCAUCGCGGACGCGCGUCGCAGCGUGGAGUUGCUGAAGGGGCGCAUUGAGCGGGACCUGCCGCUGGUGAAGAAGGACAUGGAGAGUCUCCGCAGCGACACGCAAAACACGGAGGACCACAUCAAGUACCUCACCAAGGUGGAUGCCGACGCCAACAAGGAGGCCCGCAAGGAAUUUCGCAAGCUGGAGGACGACGAAAGGGACCUCUGGGAGUUGCUCCUGCAGACUAUGCGGAAACUGGUAAACAUUUCGGAUGAAAAGGAUGAGUUUGUGCAGAAGCAAAUGCGACUCCGCGACCAACGGGCGUAUGACAUGGGCCUGGCGCUGGAGCUGAUGAAGGCGCAGCAGCAGUACUACGAGCUCCUGCGCAGCUGCGACGACACACUUUGGCGCUGGUCCAGUGUGGCGGAGGUGUACGAGACGUACGUGGAGGCGUAUGUGCCGAAGCUGCUCAAGAAGCUGAACGACGCGGAGGAGGCGGAUCAGCUUCUCUACAACCGCGAGGCCCAGGAGUACGUCCGCCGCUACGAGAUGUUUGAGUACGCGGUGGAGGAGGGCCGUGCCACCCGCCAGGUCCACGCGGACCGGCUGAAGGUGCUGCAGCGGUCGAAGAAGCUCGACGUGGAGCGGGCGGCGGAGACGCUGGACCCGCACCUCGAGAAGUACAACAAGGAGCUGCAGGAGUCGCAGGCGCAGAUGGAGGAGGCGGAGGCGUACAUCAACCUUGUGGAGGCCCUCCAGCGCGAGCGCCGCGGCGAGGUGGAGCCCAUCCUGCAGCACGUCAUCUCACACAACCGCACGGUGAAGCCGCAGCGGCUGGAGCUGGAGGGCCCUGCGGAGACGCUGCAGCUGAGGGACAAACCGCAACCGCGCGGCGCCGCCCAGGCGGCACCGACGUUCCCCGAGGAGACCGACGUGAGCCCGAUGUCGACGACGCCGGCGCCCGCCCGCGGCACGGACGGGCAGCCGGUGGUGGUGGCCACCGACCUCGUGGAGACGUCGGGCUUCGCCAACGCGCCGCCGCUGACGAACGCGAUGAAGCUGCGCACAGGCGCCGAAAGCCCGCUGAUGGCCACCGUCGCCCACCCGCACGUCCAGGCCCGCACGAUUGGCAUCAACCACGAGGAGGCGUUUCUCGAGAAGUACCGCCGCUUCACCGACGACGAGCAGUGCGCCGUGGAGGCGGCGGAGGGGAAGGUGCGACAGACGCGCCACGAGCUGGACAAGCUCGGCCUCAAGUACGACAACGUGGACUACGUCCGGAUGCUGCUCGGGGCGCCGGGGCGGGGCCACACCGCCUCCAUCGAGGACGGCCACCGCCGCAAGGUCUCUGGUGAAGUGGGCGCGCAGUGA